UUAUCGCUAGAUGGCACUUUAACACAACAAAUUGCUCAUCCGGAUUCAACAUAACCUCUUUUCUUUGGUGUGUUAGAAGGAACGUUUUGUAAUAUAUUACAAAAAUGGCCAUCCGACCAGUGUACAGGCCGACGAUUGUCAAAAAGAGGACGAAGAAAUUCAUUCGUCAUCAAAGUGAUCGAUACAGUAAAUUGAAGAGAAACUGGCGUAAACCCAAAGGUAUCGACAACAGAGUUCGUAGGCGCUUCAAGGGACAGUAUUUGAUGCCCAACAUUGGUUAUGGAAGCAACAAGAAAACACGUCACAUGCUACCUACUGGUUUUAGAAAAGUUUUGGUACAUAAUGUUAAGGAAUUAGAAGUUUUAAUGAUGCAGAAUCGUAAGUUUUGUGCUGAAAUUGCCCAUGGUGUGAGCAGUAAAAAACGUAAAAGCAUUGUUGAACGUGCUCAACAACUUUCUAUUCGUGUAACUAAUGCCAGUGCAAGGUUACGUUCUCAGGAAAAUGAAUAAAAUUAUUUCUGAUUUGAUUUAAUAAUAAAAAAUUUAAAGUAUGCA